AUAGUUCACGCGGGCUGAAAGGAAAAAUUAUAUGUUAUACUUGUGGAAACUGUAAAGAUGGCGACGGCAAUAUACCUGGAACAUUACCUGGACAGUAUUGAAAAUCUUCCCUGCGAGCUCCAGAGAAACUUCACUCUGAUGCGCGAAUUGGACAGUAGGACUGAAGAAAAGAAGGGGGAGAUCGACAAGCUUGCAGCAGAAUACAUCGCGAACGUGAAAAACCUGGCCUCGGAGCAGAAAGUGGAGCACCUGCAGAAGAUUCAGACGGCCUACAGCAAGUGCAAAGAAUAUAGCGACGACAAAGUGCAGCUCGCCAUGCAGACGUAUGAAAUGGUGGAUAAGCACAUCCGCAGGCUGGAUGCAGACCUGGCCCGCUUCGAGAACGAGCUGAAGGAGAAACUGGAACUGAGCGGCUAUGAGAGUCCUGAUGGCAGAGCGCUGAAGAAAGGCGGUAGGAACCUGAAGGAGAAGAAAGGACCCAAGGGAAGGGGCAGGAAAGGGUCGGAUGAAGAUUCACCAAGGAAGAAGAAAUCGAAAAAUAGCCCGGAGUUCAGUGACUCUCUGCUGGCUGUGCACCCCUCCGAUGUGCUGGACAUGCCCGUCGAUCCCAACGAGCCGACCUACUGCUUAUGCCAUCAGGUGUCCUACGGCGAGAUGAUUGGAUGUGAUAACCCUGAUUGUCCAAUAGAGUGGUUUCAUUUUGCUUGUGUUGAUCUUUCUACAAAGCCAAAAGGGAAAUGGUUUUGUCCUCGCUGUAUCCAGGACAGGAAGAAAAAAUGAGGACCUGAUUUCUUUACUUGAAGAAAAAAUAACUUUUUAUAUGUAUAUGUAUUUUGUUAAUGCGGUAAAAGUGUAAUAUAUCUAUAUAUAUUAUUCCCUUUCUAUAUUGACCAUGAUUUCAUGGUUGGUAAAAAAAAAAAAAACUUUUAUUUUUGAAUUGCUGUCAGAAAUACUUGAAAUCUAUCAAUCCUUGUCUCAAUUUUUAGCAUUUGACAAGCAGAUGUGUACAUCACAGGAGAAUUGUCUUUACACACAUAAACAGUAGAUUAUGACCAGUUAUUUGCUGUCUUCAAAUUCCGUUUUAAUUGCAGGCACAUGGUAAAGAUGGAGGAAGUGUUUGGUCCUCCAUUACACCUGACCUUUUUAGCUACCUACCUCGUGGGUUAAAAUAAUGCAGCAAACAUAUAUUCUUGAGCCCUGCAUAAGAAUACAAGAAGGCCAUAAGUCUGAAUUCAAGCUUGAACCAAAAACAAAAAAAAUCAAUCAGCAUCUCCGUCCACACAGAACUAACUCCCUUAGUCGAGUUUGGAUUUGGACAUUAAGGUUUCUGAAGAACACACUUCAGAAAAGUGUAUUGUAUUGUACGGACCGUAAUGAAUAUGCAUUGGGCAUACCCCGAGAUGUGUAUUGGAGGUUCUGUUUUUGGGAGGAAUCUCAUUCGUUAGCCCGUUGUGCUCCUGGUCAGUAACAUUUUGACCAAAGUGUAUUACUUUUUGCCUGCAGCACAGGGAGUCAUUGUUGCACUUUUUAAGGAAACUCUUCUCUGUUAAGCACUAUUACUGCCCCCCACCCUGAAAUAUCACGUGCAUGCAAUGAUAUUUUAUAUGGAAAAAAUACGUGAUAUCAUAUACAUGUGAUUUUUUUCUGUGGGGGGUGAAGACUUCCCUUGAUUCUUAUAAAACAAGCUACUGUAAAGAAAAAUAAUCUUGUUUAUAACUUAACUUUACAAAAGGCACAAAAGCAGGAAAAACAGUAUUCACACAAUAGUAAGCUAUUAUUCAUGGCGUUUAUAAUCCACUGACAUGGUUAAUUUUUCUUUCAAAUGUUCUUUCCUUAAUUUGUCAUUGCAAACCAUUUGAUUAUCUUACAGAAUAUGUAAUGGAUAACCCCAUCCUACCACCUGCUUUCUUCAGAAACAGCUAACACAAUUAGAGAAUUAAAAUGAUAUUUGAUUAUUGUCAUGAUUAUAGUGGGCCUGGCCCACCAAAUGCAAACCAGAUUGCACUGGCACAUAAUAUAGUGUACAUGUAUCUGUCCUAUGCCAUAGGAGAAUGUACCUUUUAAUACUGAUCCCAUUGUUGACCAUGCAAUGAAGAUGAGAUGCACUGUUUAACGUCACUGCUGUGUAAUGUUUCCCGGUGGGAAACUAAUCAAAUCAAACCUGUCAUUACCAGAUUGUUUUUGGGGAAAAAAAUCCCUCCAUAAUACAUAUUUUUGGUUUUUAAACUCCAGUUUUGACAUUGCAUCAACUUAGCAGUUAUUCCAAAGUUUCCAUUACUGUGAAAAUAUUUCAUGCAAAAACCCGAUGACCUAAUCUUCAUAAAACAUUCAUAGAAUUUUUUUUUCUUCACAGACAUUAUUUUUCAUUUUCCAAAGAUCUGCUCAGUAGGCUACUAGACACCUCUCAGCUAUAUUGAUUUUUAUGGGUGUCCAUGUGAGCUUAUCUGUUUAACUGUGAAUACAUUUUUAUAAACAAGGGAUGUUGUCCAUGUUCUGGAGGGGGUACUAAAUGUUUGUAUCUUUUGUGUUUCAUAUAAUCUGUCAACCAAAAAAUAAACAUUUUUCAGUAUUUAUCACUGAAGAGCAUGUUCAUUCGUAUAGUAGCGGGUGACUUUUUUUUUGAUCUAUGGUUUUAAAUGUAUGUAAUCAAUUUGUGAUAUUUGCUUUAAUAAUGGACUUGUAUGAAUCAGACUUGUGAAGACAUUUUAACUCACAAUGGAUUUUCUGCUUUGCUGCUGUUGCUAGCAUUAGCUAGCAUGACAAUGUACUCGGAACAAGUUGGAACUCAUCCUUCUGACGACUUGGAUACCCUAAGAACGCCAUUCUUUAUAAACACGCCAACUAUAUGUGUAUGUGUGAGUAUGCGUUAAUGGGAUGUUUUCCAAGUGGGAAAGUCUAAAACUCGCAAAUUAUUUUCUUCUUGCUGUUAUUUUGUGGUUAUCAGGGUUUCCCGUAAUUAUGAAGUGGUCCACUAAAAAACAACCAUUGGAGUAGAGUAUGCAACCUGCAUAUUAUAAUUGAAGAAUUUGUAAUACUAAGCACAGAAUUCAAUAUUUAUAUUUCGAUAUUUCUCUCUUCUAAUAUCUAUAUUUAUAUUUAUA